AUUGCUGCUUAUGGGCGCUGAAUGGGGUAUUUCGAAAAGCGACGGCUUUGGAGGAAAUAUUUCCGAUCUUUGAAGCGUGUGGAGUCCUCCGAGAGCAGAUUCCAGUGAGCUGCAGGACCAGUGACAGUGAAACAGAGGGGAAAAGACGGAGAGACUGGUGGCUGCUUGAAAGAGACGGACACCGGUAGACAAGAACAGUUUGGACAGGGAGACACUUGGACCGACAGAGACACUCUGGAGCACUACAGGGGCCUUCUCCUGGGGAAAACCACUCUGCAAGUUGUGGGUAAUGAGGACCUAUGAAUCUCUGCAUUGGAGCUGAUGUUCCCAGUCGGCGGGGCACUCCGGAGCCAAGGCUGGGAGACUCCGGAGCGGACUGAGGAACCAAAAAGGCCCGCUUCUGUCCCAGAAAUCUACUCUGUUCACCUUAAUCCCAUCAUUCCUUACUUUUUCACCCAGUCAAACCCUUUUGUCAGGUCUACCCCUGAACCCUAUCAGUACAGUUACCAUGUCUAGCAGACGGAAGUCUUUCACUCCCUGCAUGGUCUCUGCUAGGGAUGCGGCAAUGGGUGGACCAAUGGAAAUGAAUAUCCUGAAUGAUGAAGUGGAGGAGGACGAACUCCUGCAGCAUUCACUAGAAAUUCAUUCAGAAUCAGCGAGGCAGUGCGAAGCUGACUGUGACGAGGAGAGUCACAUGGACGAAGCAGUAGUGAAAAUGGAAGGAACGUCCCCCACGUCACAGAAGCAACACAGUAAGAUCUACAAGUGCAAGUACUGCUCCUUUUACACCCAGAGCCUCGGCGACUUCAAAGACCAUGUGUACUCUACACACCCCGAUGUCAUUUUAAACCCUCUGUACCUUUGUGCAGUCUGUAACUUCAGCACCAAGAAGUUUGAAUGUCUAACGGAACACAACGAAACGGAGCAUCCAGGCGAGAGCAAUUUCAAGUUCAAGCGGAUCAGACUCGACAAUCAGACUGUCCUAGAGCAAACCAUCGAGAGUGAGGUUGACUCCAACUCUUCAGUAUCUAAGCUUAUGCAAGACGAUGACAAUGCCUUCAACUUUAUACCUUUGUGCCCUUCAACCGAGCCGAAUGUUGAAAAACCAAUCAGCUAUAAUGAAAAAGACAUCGAGAGCAAUAUAGAUAAUCUAUUGCUGAAGGAUCAAAUCACUGCAAUCAAUGUAAAUGGCACAAUCAUCAUCCCAGAGCCUAUGAUGCUAGAGGGGCUCUCUCACGUCAUGCCUCUUCUGCAGCGUCCACCCAAUCUUAACUCCAUUCCAACAAUCGCUGUUCCUCUAAACACAAGCAGGUACAAUCCCCUGCUGGACACCAACACUACACUCAUCACAUCCUUCAACAAAUUUCCAUAUCCAACCCAUGCUGAGCUUUCAUGGCUCACUGUUGCUUCCAAGCACCCUGAGGAGCAGAUAAAGGUGUGGUUCACCACCCAGCGGCUAAAGCAGGGCAUCACCUGGUCACCGGAAGAAGUGGAAGAAGCGCGCAAGAAAAUGUUUAAUGGCUGCGUGCCUCCUGCUCACCACACGUUCACCAUUUUGCCUACGCCUGUGAGCGAACCUAUUACCACCAGCCAAUCUGUUGCACCAGCAGUCUCCUGUCACUUCACCGGACAGUCCGCACUCUCAAUUGGCACCACAGCAAAUGCAGCAUCUUUUCCCUGUGCAAUGGUCACUGUGACAACUGUUAAUAGCAUGCAAAGUCUUAAACGCCCCUUGGGAACACCAGUGGUGGCCCACGAAGUAAAGCGUCCCAUUAUCUCAACAGAGGAACACAAAGAGAAGCUACUCAUGGCUCCUCCGCUGGUCCCUCCUUUGGAGAGAGUACCCAUGGCUCCUCCGUCUGUACCUCCUGACAGUAAAAGACACACGCUCCCACCUUUGAUUACUGCAGACAUGAAAAGACCGGUUGUUUACCCUUAUGCUUUGCCCAAGGUGAAAUUGCCAAUGGUAUACCCACUGAUACCCCCCAAAGAUAAGGUAUAUAUGCCUCCCCCUCCCCUGUUACUGAGAGAAAGGCCAUCCAUGUUGCCCCUAAUUUCCACUGAUAUAAAGAGGAGAGCAGCUUCCCCACAAAUAAGAAAUCCAGCUUAUCCCUUUUCUGUCAUUUUUAGAGACAAACUGUCACCUUUUCCUAACGAUCUGAACUUACCUUUAGUGCCCCCCUUGGUGGCUUCUCAAAUUAAAAGACCAACAAUUAUUCAGACUGCACGAGCCCCACCUGUUCCACCAACCUUGUUCCCCACUUUCUCUCUGGAGAGUAAGCCACUAGAGCUGUCUUUGGAGCAGAAAUCCAUAGGCUUAGAGAGGCGAUCCACAGAGAGUCAGAAUGGAAAUAAUGGCGUCCCCUGUGGGGAUGGUAAGAACUGGUUUUCUGACCAGAGUGCACUGGCCCACAAUGGUUUACGGCACUUAAGUAACAAAUUUGCUCCAAAGGAGCGUCCGAAAACGGUCCCAACCCAGUUCCCUCUCCUGGAGAGACUUAAAGGGAAAACUGCUGAGCAGCUGAAGGUUUUGGAGGAGAGUUUUCAGAGAAAUAGUUUUCCAUCACCUGGUGAAGUUGACCAGAUUGCGAUCAAUACCAGACUUUCCCGAGAGGAGAUCGACAGUUGGUUUUCAGAACGGCGAGCACUUCGAGACAAUUUGGAAAAAGCACUGUUAAAUUCUAUGGGUUCCAGAAGAACCGAUGUUGCAGAGAGGAGAUUACAUUCACAGCACCAGCAUUCUUUUCUUAACGGAGGUUACAAACAUGGUGGGCUAUUCAUGGACCCUCUGCCUCCUAUUAUUGCCCCUACUUCAUCUUCUGUGCCUGUGGACAGGAAGUCCCUUAACCUUCUUAAAGAUGUCUUUAUUCAAACACGGUGGCCUUCACCCGAGGAAUACAGUCGCCUUGAGGCACAAACAGGUCUGGCUCGUACGGACAUUGUUAGAUGGUUUAAAGACAAUCGUCUGGCUCUGCGCAGCGGGACAGUGGAGUGGAAGGAGCUGUUCCACAAGCUUGGCGGCAGCGAGCUGAAUGGCCGGCUGAUCUCGGAUCAACCCUGCAGCGUCUCUCUGCCCAGCCAAGCAUGGAAGAUGCCUACCGCAGAGUGUGCCAAACUAAGCAGCAGAGAGAUCAAGGAGUGGUUCAGCAACUCACUGGGCCAGCGUGGGCAAGACGUGGGGAGGAAUGGAGGUCCGAAUGGGGGCAGGGACGAGGAGUACAGGGGUUGGGUGGAUGAAGCCAUGGGGACUAAAGUGGUGUCACGAGAGCUGGUCUCAGACAUGGAUUAGGGAACAGAACGGAGAUGAGACGAGACAAGAGAGUAGAAACUGCUGCCGCUGUCAUUUUGCACAGGAAAGAAGACCAGAGGCUUAGUCUGGAUAAUUUUUUGGAACCAGUGAAUAUACUCUUGGCCUCUUCCACUGCGACAGCUAGUACACGGCACUAGUCAGAACCGGAAGGGGACCUGUCACAUGCUGAAGCAUCACUGGAAGGGGAGCGUUCUCUGAGCGUGGUGUCCGUGCAGUAAGGAGCAGAGUAAACGCUGAAAAGAGAUCAAGACCGACGAGUGCCAAAGUUGGAUUUGCUGCAUAACUACACUUUUAAAAAAAUGGUUCUUGUACAUAUUUUUUUUCAUGUAAUGCUACAGAUUUGUACAAUUUUGGCUGAACUUUUGUUACAUUUUAUAACGGGAGCAAGUCCCCCCCUUCCUUUCCCCCCCAAGUUUUUUGCUCUGGCUGCUCUUUUCAGUGGACGUGUCCUACAUGUCCUACAUUUUGUAACAACACCAUGCAUAACUACUGGCAUCGGCAAAACAUGAAUACAAUUUGAGAGCUGAGCUGAACUUUUAGUACAGUUUCACUUUGGAGGGACUUUAAAUCAGUGCAUUUUAUGACUGGUUCAAGGUGCUGUUUCACUUUCUGGAGAUUACUUACCGUUGCUUUUGCUAAAGUUUCAGUUCUUAUAAUGUGACAUUUUACAAAUAUAUGUUUUAAAAAAAAAAGAAGGAAAAAAUCACUUUGCUGUUAAACACACUGCUGGACGAAUCUGCAAACCUGUUUUGUCCUUUUUCUGCAAAAACACAUCUAUCGCUGGCUUUUAUGUUUGUCGGUUUAACAACAUAGUGCUAGUUUAACUUUGCCUGUAGAAAUAAUUAACCCGGUACCGGAUAAACAUUCCAUAUUUACUGCUUCUGUAGUGACCGCUUCACAUAUAUUACAAUACUGUAUGUAUACCGAGGUCCUGCUUAAUACUACUCUUCAAAAGACAGAUGUUGUCUGCUGUAAUCCAAUAAAACACAGCCUACCUAAA